UUUCGUCUUUGUUGAUGGCGUUGGACAGGCGAAUGCACUGAUGUAGUCUUAGCAAGCAAGAUAUUCGUUUAGUGGAUUUGGGAUUCUACCUUCAUUGCCAAACAACCAUUUCUUGCCGUUGCCUUCCACAGCUCCAGCUGCCUGGCAUGGCUGGGUUUUUAUAGCUCCAAGCUUUCUGAGCACACAACCUGCCCUCCUGUAUUAGGGCAUUUUAUGUUGUGUUCUCUCAGGCUCUUCAUUUUUGCUGCAUUUAGAGAUUAGUACAUGAGGCUUUUUAAUGCAUGGGAGAUGGGUCAGGACCAGACAAAGCAACAGAUAGAAAAAGGACUCCAUCUCUACCAGUCUAAUCAGACUGAAAAGGCUCUGCAAGUCUGGAUGAGGGUUUUGGAGAAGUCUGCGGAUCCUGCUGGCAGGUUUCGCGUUUUGGGUUGCCUCAUCACUGCUCAUGCAGAGAUGGGCAGAUACAAAGAUAUGCUGAAGUUCGCAGUGGUACAGAUUGACACAGCACGGGAGCUGGAAGACCCAAAUUACCUUACAGAGGGCUAUCUAAACCUGGCUCGCAGCAAUGAGAAACUCUGUGAAUUCCAGAAAACAAUAUCUUACUGUAAGACAUGCUUGAACAUGCAGGGUACUACUGUGAGCCCGCAGCUGAAUGGCCAGGUGAGCCUCAGCAUGGGCAAUGCCUUCCUGGGCCUCAGCAUUUUCCAGAAGGCUUUGGAGUGCUUUGAAAAAGCUUUACGCUAUGCACACAACAAUGACGACAAGAUGCUGGAGUGUCGAGUCUGCUGUAGCCUUGGGAACUUCUAUGCCCAGAUAAAGGACUAUGAGAAAGCUUUGUUCUUCCCAUGUAAAGCAGCAGAGCUGGUGAAUGACUAUGGAGCAGGCUGGAGCUUGAAGUACCGUGCAAUGAGCCAGUAUCACAUGGCAGUGGCCUACCGGAAGCUGGGGCGCUUGGCAGACGCUAUGGACUGCUGUGAGGAGUCCAUGAAGAUUGCCCUUCAGCAUGGUGACCGGCCUCUGCAGGCACUGUGUCUGCUGUGCUUUGCUGAUAUCCAUCGCAGUCGCAGAGAUGUGCAGACAGCCUUUCCCCGGUAUGAUUCUGCCAUGAGCAUCAUGACAGAGAUUGGAAACCGCCUGGGUCAGAUCCAGGUGCUGCUAGGAGUGGCUAAGUGCUGGAUGAUCCAGAAGGAGCUGGACAAGGCUCUGGAAAGCAUUGAAAAGGCACAGGAACUGGCAGAGGGACUAGGGAACAAGCUUGGUCUGCUGAAGCUCCACUGUCUGUGUGAAAGGAUCUAUCGCACAAAGGGGCAGCAGCGAGAAUUGCGUGACCAUGUAGUGAAGUUCCAUGAAUGCGUGGAGGAGAUGGAGCUGUACUGUGGCAUGUGUGGAGAAUCUAUUGGGGAGAAGAACAACCAGCUGCAGGCGCUGCCUUGCUCCCACUUCUUCCACUUAAAGUGUUCUACACGAUUUCAUUAGCCAUAGCCUUUAGAAGGUGAGAUUUAGUUGUAACGUCCACUUCACUCCCUUGCCUUGUAGGCACUUAGCUCAGUUCACAGAUUAUCUGUUACUACCUUUUGGGAGAUCUAUGCUCCCACAGGCGGUUUGGCUUUUUUCCCUGAACCCCUCCAUUUCACUCUGGUAGGUGAGGCGUACAAAGCUGAGUAAGGCGUUCAGUCCGUUACUGUGCUACUGUCACGAUGGACAUCGUCUGAUUUUUAGUUCCAAAACUUAAGUAUUUAAGAACAUAUCACUGAUGUAGAUGACACUACACCACUACGCGACUGCCCCCAGAGUCCAGGGGGGCUGCUGUCCCUAGCAGGAAAGGAGAGCAACGCGGCUUCCUCUUGUGGAGGAACGCGCUGCAGCGCUUCCACCAAACCCCUGUAUGACAGAUCUCGUGGGUGGCCGGGCCGGCUGCGUGCCCGCCCGUGUGGCCCGUGC